GCUUAUGUUAUCCUGCUCUGAGUAACGUUAUCUGGUGUGAAGCCGCUUUAUCGCUCUAUCGCGGAACUCUUGAUUAAUGACAUUGGAUCAUCGAUAAACCGUGAUCCUUGGACUAGACAGAGGAUUUAAACAGACACCCGUGAUAUUGCGCCAUAUUCCAGUAGUUAGUUAGCAUCUCUAGCUGCAGUCUCUACCGUCAUGACGCUAACGUUACACGGCUAACUGACCUCAGAGAAAUAACUGCUAACCAACAUGCCGUUUUACUUUCUUUAACCGAUAAAGUGGAUUCACCCGGAUGCUUGCUGAACACAAACACGCUGGACUAUUUAAACUGUCAGAUAUUGUUUUGACGCAGAAAUUGUUUUGAGAAGAAGUUAGCCUGGUUAGCUUUGGGCAGGCGCUUGUGGUGUUACUUCACAUACAGCAGCUGUUUGUACAGAAACUUUCGUAUUUCAGCGUAUAAUUCAGUUGUCGUGUAUGUUUGGAUACUAGUGCAGUGUUGUAUCAGUAAGUAGCAGGCUUGAGUCUCACGUAAGCUGUAUGAGUGUGUGAUAGAUGAGAGUGAGAUGCAGUGGUGGUGAGGAAGAGCUCAAUGCCUUGUGUGCUGGAGGAUGAUGCGGAUGAGCUGGAUGAUCACAGUCAUUAACAGAAGAAUGAUGAAGAUCCUGAUCGCCCUCGCUCUCAUUGCCUACAUCGCCUCUGUCUGGGGAACCUACGCAAAUAUGAGGUCUAUACAGGAACAUGGAGAAAUGAAGGUUGAGCAGAGGAUAGAUGAGGCAGUGGCACCUCUCAGGGAGAAGAUACGAGAACUUGAGCUUAGUUUUACCCAGAAGUACCCACCUGUGAAAUUCCUAUCUGAGAAGGACCGAAAGAGGAUUUUGAUCACCGGUGGGGCAGGAUUCGUGGGCUCGCACCUCACUGAUAAGCUGAUGAUGGAUGGUCAUGAAGUGACAGUGGUGGAUAAUUUCUUCACUGGCCGCAAGCGCAAUGUAGAGCACUGGAUCGGCCAUGAGAACUUUGAGCUGAUCAACCAUGAUGUGGUGGAGCCUCUCUAUAUUGAAGGAUUGGCCAAGCGAGUCGGAGCUCGUUUGCUCCUCGCCUCCACUUCAGAAGUGUAUGGAGACCCAGAGGUGCACCCCCAGAAUGAGGAAUACUGGGGUCAUGUGAACCCUAUUGGCCCCCGGGCCUGUUAUGAUGAAGGGAAACGUGUUGCUGAGACGAUGUGUUACGCCUACAUGAAACAGGAAGGAGUAGAGGUGAGAGUGGCUCGGAUCUUCAACACCUUCGGGUCUCGCAUGCACAUGAAUGAUGGGAGAGUGGUCAGUAAUUUCAUUCUGCAGGCUUUACAGGGAGAGCCGCUGACGGUUUACGGUUCAGGUUCUCAGACAAGAGCUUUCCAGUAUGUGAGUGAUCUGGUGAAUGGCCUGGUGUCCCUGAUGAACAGUAACAUCAGUAGUCCAGUUAACCUGGGCAAUCCAGAGGAACACACUAUACUAGAGUUUGCACAGCUUAUUAAGAGUCUAGUUGUGAGCCGCAGUCAUAUUCAGUUCCUUCCAGAAGCACAGGAUGAUCCACAGAGAAGACGGCCAGAUAUCCGCAAGGCCAAAAUGCUUCUGGGCUGGGAACCUGUGGUGCCACUGGAGGAAGGCUUGAACAAAACCAUCCAGUACUUCAGCAGAGAGCUGGAGCAUCAAGCCAACAAUCAGUAUAUACCCAAACCCAAAGCUGCACGGAUGAAAAAAGGAAGACCCAGACACAACUGAUGAAUUGUGUUGAUCUCAGGGAUGCUGGGAUACUGAAGGACCUUAGACGUCCAGCAACCAU